UUGUAGAUCUCCCGCGAAUCUGUACGCACACGACACACAUGAUAUUUUCGGCCACAAGAUUACAAAAACUGAACUUCGAUGAUCAAUCAUCAAUAAAUCAGUAACUUAACCAGUUGCUUAACUUACCAAUUUGUGUCCACAUAUCCCUGAAUUUCGUGUUUUCCAUCUUCCAAUCCUAGCCAUGACCACAGUGGUGAAGCUGCACGUUUGCCCAGAAAACCUGGAUUAUCUUUGCUUCAAAGGUCACUAUAGUAGGAGGUCGCUCAGACGAGAUUUUUGCUGGUCCAGUCCGCGGAGAAUACUUGGUGGCCGUAACGGGCUUUGUUGGAAACGAUGCGGGGCUCUCAAGUCCGAGGAUGGAGGGCAUUUGGAGGAGAAAAAGUUGGAAAGUGAAGAAGAAGAUCAAAUUCUGAAGAAGAAUGAGGUAAACUUGAAUAGGGAAAAAGGGUUCUGGGUUUCAAUGAAGUGUAUCACGUUGAAUACUUUCAUGGCGAAGUCUAAAUCGGACGAUGAAUAUCGGCAAGCAGUGGUGAAGGUGGAGGAGGUGCUAUCCUCGGUUGCCCUUCAAUUUGGAAGAUAUAUUGUAACAAUGACGAGCACGGGGGUAAUCCUUAUAAUUGGAUUUUUGAUGUCAGGUGGUGAUAGCCAGAUGGAUGGACUGAUAUGGUAUAGCUGGCUUGGAGGAAUAAUCAUAGGAACAAUGAUAGGUGCUAACAUGGUGUUGGAGGAACAUUGUCGUGCUGGUCCUCGUAAUGUUAUCAUAACCGGGAGUACAAGGGGAUUGGGUAAAGCACUUGCACAGGAAUUCCUUCUAUCUGGAGAUCGAGUGGUUGUUACCUCUCGCAGCCCUGAAUCUGUGCAAGCAACUAUAAAAGAGCUAGAGGAAAGCCUGAAGGAAGGCAUUGCAUCUGCAGUAGGCUCAUCUCUGACAAAGCUGUCUCAUGCAAAAGUAGUAGGCAUUGCCUGUGAUGUUUGCGAGCCUCAUGAUGUGCAGAGAUUGGCAAACUUCGCUGUCAGUGAGCUUGGAUGUAUUGACAUUUGGAUAAACAAUGCUGGCGCAAACAAAGGUUUCAGACCACUGCUUCAAUUCAGUGAUGAAGAUAUUAGACAGAUUGUUUCAACAAAUCUGGUUGGAUCUAUAAUUUGUACGCGAGAAGCCAUUCGUGUAAUGAUAAACCAACUCAAGGGGGGCCACAUAUUUAAUAUGGAUGGUGCUGGUUCUGGAGGUUCCAGCACCCCUUUGACAGCUGUUUACGGUUCCACAAAGUGUGGCCUAAGGCAGCUUCAAGGAUCACUGUUGAAGGAAUGCAAAAGAUCUAAAGUAGGAGUGCAUUCAGCAUCCCCUGGCAUGGUACUUACGGAUUUGCUAUUGAGUGGCUCAACUGUACAAAACAGACAAAUGUUUAACAUCAUUUGCGAGCUUCCUGAAACUGUUGCUAGAACUCUAGUUCCUCGGAUGCGGGUUGUCAAGGGAACAGGCAGGGCUGUCAAUUACUUGACCCCUCCUAGAAUCUUAUUUGCUUUAAUCACUGCCUGGUUACGACGAGGCCGUUGGUUUGAUGAUCAGGUAAAAAGUUCAUUUGGGGGAGAGCCUUGUAUGCAGCUGAGGCAGAUCGACUCCGAAACUGGGCUGAAAACCGAACCCGUUUUUCAAUCACUGACGCGAUGGAAAUGUACACUGAGAACACCUGGGUAUCAGUCUUCUCGCUUUCUGUUGUCUGUGCCUUCAUAAUUCUUUCCAGCACAAGCAGCAACUUGCCCGGAACUUGAUAUCUUGACGAUAUUAUGAUAGUGCAUUUGCUUUUAGUCGGUAGGCAAAUUCAUGUCUGAAAUCAUCAAUACAACAGAAAGAAGCAGGUGGACCUUUUAUCCCACCAUAUCCGUACAGCAUGCUUCCUAUAAUGAGCUCACACACUUUGCUUUGUAUGUAUCACUCUCAAGUGUGUUGUUUUGGUCUCUCUGUACAUAGUAUACUGCAAAUGCAAUGAAGCAUUCCGCAAUCAGACGCAAUUUGACCAUUUUCGUAUUUGGGAAGGAGAUCUUCUAACAGUUAACUUAUUGGGCCCAGAAAAUGAUGAUGAUGAUGAUGAUGAUGAUGAUGAUGAUGAUGAUGAUGAUCAAACCAGAUGAGUAUUUGUAACUAUUUGAAACUAGCUUAGAUGACAUGAAGAUUGGAUAAGGUAUAGUUAGUGGUAUAGGGUUUAAACAUUCUUGAUACAUGAAAAAGAUGAUGAUUGCUUCUUUGCAUAAACUUCUGUGGAGCAAUAGUUUGAGACGUUGAACAUUGUUUGGUA